AUGUUCUUUUUAAACUUCACAUCAAUUAUUAUCUAUGAAUUCAAGCAUACAUCUCUUGUUGUUGAUACAGUUCCGUCACAACCUCCCACUGCCUUCCAGUUGACUGCAAGCUCUUCUACCAGCAUCACAGCUUCCUGGAAGUUACCACCAGUCUUUGCCAGACAUGGAAACAUUGCAGGGUUUAAAUUGUUUUACAAAAAGAAAAGUUCUAGUGGCUCAGCAACAACCUUGCCAAUCAGCGAUGGAGCAAUAUUAAGUAGAACUGUCAGAGUACUAGAUAAGUACACAGAAUAUGAAUUUCAGGUUUUGGCCUUCACUUCUGAUGGUGAUGGACCAAAAAGUUUAGCGAAAGUGAAAAGAACAAUGGAAGAUGCUCCUUCACAACCUCCAUCUAACUUCAAUGUCACUCCAACCUCCUCUACUGGUGCAAGAGCAUCAUGGCAACUACCACCAGCAAACUCCAGGAAUGGAAUAAUUAAAGGAUUCAAAUUAUUUUACAAAAGGAAAGACUCGUCAGACUCAGGCACCAUUCUUCUUAUCAACAGUGAAUCAAUUUUAAGCAAAAAUGUCAAUGGGCUUUAUAAGUACACAGAGUAUGAAUUUCAAGUGUUGGCUUUUACUUCUGCUGGUGAUGGUGUAAACAGCUCUGUUGUUGUUAAGAGAACAAAAGAAGAUGGUUAGAGAAACUUUUUGGUUUAUCUUCUUAAAACGUCUUGACUUUUUAAUUAAAGGUCAGAUACACUUGCACUUCUCAUACAGUUUUCUGAUUUGGUGUUAAAAGUGAGAAUGUAUAAUUAUGUAAUAUGUGAUUUUAAUAACUAUGAUUUAACACACCGUCAUAUCAGUGAGUCAUGAGUGGUAAGGUAAUUAUUUGAAGAUAACUAACAUAAUGUAAGCAUUCUGAUUGGCCAUCAAAUCAUGACUAUUUACUCAAGAAAUUAUAAGCAUGCAAUUGAAUAUUAACAAUUAUGUUGGCUGUUUUUAUUGGUUGCCUUCCUUCUGGAUUUAGACCUAGAUAGUGUACCCUUAGCUCCGUUGCAAAUUUAUA